AUGCCGCCAGCCUCACCUCAACCCCCCCCGGCCAUGCUUCAGCAAACGCCAACUGCCCCCGAUCCCGCCAGCGUGAUGCCUCGCUCGCUGCUGGACCUCGUCGCAAGCGUGGACAACGUCCCCCCCGACUUCGAAUCCAACUGCGCGCCCUUCUACCGCCUUCGUCUGUCGCCGGAUCCCCGAACCCAUGGCUACGUGCACCCCGACACCGUGGCCCGCAUGCCGUGGCCGGCCUCCUUCGUCGUCGACCACCCCGGCCGCGCCGUGACGCUCUCCGCCCCCCCCGCCGAGCCGGGCACCUCCCCGUCCGCCCACGCCAGCGCCGCCUUCCAAGCCGCCGUGGACGCCGCCCUCGAGCGCGGCGCGUUCCCCGCCACGCUCAACGGCAUGCACAGCGAGCACUUCCUCAUCCCGGGCGCCCGCGGCCUUGUCCGCGUCGAGCGCUUCGCCGCGUCGCUGUUCGGAAUCGCCACGCGCGGCGCCCACCUGACGUGCUACGUCCGCGCGGCCCAGCAGCAGCAGCAGCAGCAGCAGCGCCUGGAGGUCUGGGUGGCCCGGCGCGGCCGCCAGCUGCUCACGUACCCGGGCAUGCUCGACAGCACCGUCGCGGGCGGCGUGCAGGCGCACCAUUCGCCGCUCGAGUGCGUCCUCGCCGAGGCCGCCGAGGAGGCGUCCCUGCCGCGCGGCCUCGUCGCCGACGCGGUCCGCAGCGCCGGCGUCGUCACCCUGGCCAACAGGAGCGCGCGCACCGGCCUGGUCCACUCCGAGGUGCUGUACGUGUACGAUCUGGAGCUGGCCCGGCAUGUCGUGCCGCGCCCGCAGGAUGGCGAGGUGGACGAGUUUGUGCUCAUGGACUGCGACCAGCUGGUGCGGCGCAUGCUCGCCGGCGAGUUCAAGCCCAACGUGUGCCCCGUCAUGAUUGACUUUCUCAUCCGCCACGGGGAGCUGACGCCCGAGGGGGUCAAGGACUACGUGGACCUGUGCGCUCGCCUGAAGAGACGGUUGCCUGUUCCCACGACGUCGGACGGGUAG